AUGAAGUUCCUGUGGGCCUCUCCGCUCGCGAUAGGGGUUGCUGCAGCGCAAGCUGCCGCGUGGGCACAGUGCGGUGGCACAGGGUAUACUGGCGCCACCACUUGCACCUCUGGCUACUCGUGCGUCUUUGUCAAUGCGUGGUACUCUCAGUGCCAGCCGGGUGGUGGCAGUGGAUCGGGAACGACCUUGACAACGACCACAUCCAGGGCAUCUUCCACUGCCACCUCCACUCAGUCUUCUGGCUCCAGUCCUACGCUGAGCCCUGGAGUGGCUCGCUAUCUUGGUCGCGUCAACCCGGCAACUAAGGAACUGACAUGGCCUGGAACUGGUGUGGCCUUUACGUUUACUGGGAAAUCCGCCAGCAUAGGCCUGUCCUCAGUCACCGGCGACAACAGCGUUGACUUGAUAGUCGAUGGCGGUGCUCCCGUCGUCAUCUCCAAUUUGACCGGAAAUUCAAUUUCCACGCCUGCUGGACUGAGUCAAGGAACUCAUACGGUCGAGAUCCGGAAACGUUCAGAGGCUUACUUUGGUUCAAUCGUGAUUGGCGAGAUUACGACGGAUGGAAAGUUCGGAGUGAAUCCCGUCCCUGCCAAGAAGAUCGAAAUCAUCGGCGACUCCAUCACCGUUGGGUAUGGUCUCGAUGGCGUCAAUCCGUGUCCCAACACGGCAGCGGUCGAAGAUAAUCCCAAGACCUAUGAGGCUGUCGCGGCGAACUCACUGGGAGCCGACUACCGCGUCGUGGCCUGGAGUGGCAAGGGACUGGUGCGGAACAUUGCGACUGGCACAACCGAUACAAGCCCUCUGAUGCCCGAGCUCUACACUCGCUAUGGCGCCAAUGAUGCCGACAACAGCUACCCCUUCUCGUCGGACUGGACGCCGGAUGCUGUGGUCAUCAAUCUCGGCACGAAUGAUUUCAGUUAUCUGGCGUAUGAUGCCUCGGGGCAGUCGUACAAGGCACGCUCCCCGAUCAACGCGACCACCUUUACCGACGGAAUGGUCGACUUUGUCCGCAGUAUUCAGACGCACUAUCCUCGCGCCAAGUUCUUCCUGCUCACUUCUCCCAUGUUGAGUGACUACUUCCCCACGGCUGCAGACGCGCAGCAUACCACGCAGAAGACGGCGCUUCAGUCUGCAAUUUCGCAGCUCGGAUCCAAUGCCUACCUGGUCGAUUGGCCCACACAGGGUUCGGAUGUCGGUUGUGACUAUCACCCCAACGCUUCCACUCACGCUGCAGGGGCAGCCAUCCUUGUCUCUGCGAUCCGCUCCGCUCUGGGGUGGUGA